CGGAAACGGAAACAAGAGGUGUAGCAUAAACGAGAGAAAUAAGCGCAAAGCUAUAGCAUAAUACCAAGCCGAAGACGAAGAAGAGUGUUACUCGAAGCCCAACCAAAUAAUGGACAAUAGCGAUCCUCAACAGCAUCCACAGCAUUCGCUGAGUGGUCUGCCUCCACUGCCAAAAAGUCUGAGCUCUGCCGCCGCUGCCGUUGCCACCGCCCCACAUCAACAGCACACAUCCCACAUUGCCUCGCCGGCGGCGAGUGUGGCCGCUUUGAGCGCCGCCGCUGGGGACCUCUAUUUGGGCCCCUCCACAUCGGCGGCAGCGGCCAGGAAUCGCAGCUACAACGGUCAUCAUAGUCAGCGCCAUGGGAGCCUCUCCUCCACCCAGGAGUCGCUCAGCGAUCGGGAGUCUGUACACAGUCGCGCCUCCUCCACACACAGUGCGGGUCCUGGUGUGGCAACUGGAAGUCAACAGCACACGCCCACCAACAGCUCGAGCAGCACUGGAGCAUCCUCGUCGACGAUCGACAACCAAUUGGCAAUACUCCGCCGCGAAAUGUACGGCCUGAGGCAGUUGGAUCUGUCGCUGCUGUCGCAGUUGUGGGCCUUGAACGAAUCGAUACAGGGAUUUCGGGUGUUUCUGCAGGAGCAGGAUGCCAUGUCGCCGCCGUCGCGAUCACGGACACCCUCCGAUGCGAAUUCAUUGUCCUCGGACGAGGAUGACGGCUCCUAUGCGCCUGUGGUGGGCCCGAAGCUGACGGAUCCGCCGGUGCCCAGGACCAUGGCCUCGCCUGCGGCCAGUGGUGGGCUGCCCACCAAACUGGCCACGGGAUCGACCACGUCCCAUGCAUCAACCAGCUCGACAUCGGGGACAUCGGGCUCGUCGUCAGCUGCCUCGUCGAUGGGCAAGCAUCAGCAGUUGCAACAGCAGCAGCAGCAGGCGCCCCACUAUCAUCAAAGGCCAGCACCACCACCCGCACCACCUGCACAGCACAAGGCACAUCCUCAGCUGCCGCGCAUACUGCAGCAACGCAUGAGGCAGGCACCGCCACCACCACCACCGACAAGGGCUAAAGGCAGUGGCGGCGGCGGUGGGGCGAGCAGCAGUAGCAGUAAUCACAGCAUUAGCAGCGUCACCCAACAUCAUGCCCAUCCACAUCCACAUGCUGCCCAUCCUCAUCCACAUGCCCAUCACUCGCGGCCUGUAUGACAAAACCCGUUCUUGGACUAAACUGGAGGAGUCCAAGAACACAAA